AUGCAAUUCCACAAUUCAACAAGGUUCAGCGUCAGUCUGAUAUUGGGCUUGAUGGUGUUGGGGGGAAGUGUGUAUGCGGAUGAGAUGGGGAGUGCGAGUGAGAGUGGGAGUGGGAGUGGGAGUGUAAAUGCGGAUGCGCGUUUGGAAGGAGAGUUUGCGAGGGAGUUUAAGGGGGUGUGGGGGAGGGCGUUGAGUAAUUUGCAGAUUUUCACGGGUUCUUUGGGUGGUGUAUCGGCGGAUCCGAUAACUAAUUCUGGGGAUCAUGCGAGACCGUUUAUGGUUGGGGGUGAUACUUUUCCCGCAUUCGCAGACGCCUACUCUCGAUCCUGCGCCAACCAAAACAACAAAUGCGCCGACGCAGCCAAUAAUCCUGCAAAAGCUGCUGCAGAUUUAAGUGUGGAGGGUUGUCAAACUCAGGAGUCAUCGUGUUUAGCGGCGGGAGCAACGGCUACGCAGACGAACUUUCAGGUGCUCACGAGUUCGAAUGCGGAGUUUGAUUUUAUUUGUGAUUCUUAG